GUGCCGAAAAUCCAUAUAUCUCUGUACUGAAGAGAUUUUCCGGAUGUUAGAUUUAAAACAUAAAAAAAAUACACACAUGCAAUCCAACAACCGAAAGAACACACAAUCUAAUCUUAUCCGAUACAUAAUCUUCUGUGCUGAAAACCCAUGUACCUCAGUGCAGAAGGGGUUUUCUGGACGUUAGAUUUAAAACAUAAAAAUUAAAAAAAACACACAGACACAAUCCAACAAUCGAAAACCCUUCAGCCUUGGCAAAGAGCCAAAAAAAAAUUCGGGACAGAAAAGAUUGUACCCCAUAUUAUCCCUUGUGCGUUGUUCUAUGAAAUUGGAUGAGAAGAGUUGAAAGUAUCUGAAGAAUUCGCUUCAGAAUUUCCGCCUAACAAAAGAAGGUGAAAGAAAUGGACGCAAUGCAACUAGCCGUUCCCGUACUGGGAAUUGUAGCAGUUGCUGCUGUUACCUUCUAUGCAGUCAGCUUCGCUGAGCUCAGAGAGAAAUCAUUGCAAGAUUUAUUUGAUUCGGAAGAAGAUGAGAAUGGAGGAGGAGGAUACAAGCCAUAUGAGAGCUCAAGAGAGAGGCGUGCUAGAAGAAAGGCUGAAAAACAGUCCAAGGAGCCUUGACCGUUCAUUACAAGGCUUCUUUUGUUCCGCUCCUAUGUAAGGCACCCGAAUUCGAUUGUACCCAUGUUCCGAUGUACUUUCAAAUUUACAGGAUCGUGUUUUGAGAUUUUCCCGUUUCAAUUCCAGUGUAUUUUUAAUAAAUUACAGGAUUACGUUC